CAAUAAAUUUUUAACUUUUCUGUAAGAACAGAAUUUGCGAAUACGUUUCUCUUGCAAAUAAAUUCAAGAAUCGAGCCCCAGAACAGAAACUUCAAGGCAGAUGAAGACAGCGACGGCAGCAUCCGCGCUCCUGGCCACGUUCGGAUCAACGCUGUCCGACCUCGACGAUGACGACGACCACAACGGCAAGGCGACCACCGCGCGAGGGGCCUAUAACGUCCGCACAGACCCCUAUGCCGGACAUUGCGUCGUUAACGAUCGCGGGGCCCAGCUCGUCUCCACCGGGAACAACAGCACCAGCACCGCCGCCGCUCACGAUAUUACCGACGCCGCCGCCAACACCGCUGCCGACACCGCCAGCUCCGCUGCCGACACUGCCAGCUCCGCUGCCAGCACCGGGGUAUUUCACCGGGCCCCCACCACCAGCAACCGCCCCGACGACAUCGCCGCCACCCGGACCGCUGAUCCCGCUGGCCGCCAUCAUCCCGGAGGGACCCUUCCCAGAGGACGCCCUCCGAACGGUUCCAUGGGACCGCAUCCGCCCGGGACAACGGUACCGUCAUCACGUGCACGGGCACAAAAUUGUCGUCCGACGCCGCCGUGACGGCUCGUGGGUGCUUAAAUAAAAUAAAGUUUUUUCUGUACAUAAGGACAGGGUCUGCCGAGGGGGAGGUGUAACGAGUCGUUCCUCCGCUGCCGCUAGAGCGGAGGUAAGGCCGUUACCCCCACCUCGCGCAGGCUCACUCCGCUCUUCUCGUCUUCCCUCACCACCGAGUGGAGGGUAUAUAAGCCCUCCACCCGAGACCGGAGUCAGAGCUUCCCCGGCCUGCGAAUUGAGCAGACCGUCCCUCCUGGUGAACUGAACCAGGCAUCCUCGAGCGCAUAUUGAGCGCCGUCACCUAACCUAGCGAUCCUAACCGGGCACGCAGUGAGUGCCUUCCCGGCCGCGUAUUGAGGGGCCGCACACCGCCACGUUCCGCACCCGAGCUCUCGGCCGCGCACUGAGCGGUCGCGCGUCGUUCCGUCCUGGGGACUCCGCACUGAGGAGAAACCGGUGCCGCGACUGUCACCACGCGUGGUGACAACAACGCCGACGACCAAACAGCUGAUGCGCCGAUCAGCUGAGACCGGGUAGCGAACCGCGCCGCCAACCGCACCGCCUUACACGCCGCUGCGCCGCCAGCCAGGCUGGCCACCGUACACCGCCGCGCCGCUAGCGCCGGGCCUUAAGGCCAUAUCGCCGCGCCGCACGUCGCACCGCCGCGACCAAUCGUAGCGCCGCGAUCCGCCGCCAUCACCGACUACACGCCGACCGAUCGGCACGCACACCGCACAGCCAAUCAGGGCAUCCCGCCGCACGCAGAUACACCGGCAUCCGCCGCGACACUGUCGCCAGCACCACACACACGAAUACCUCGCACGACGAGAACACACCCGUGUAAAUAGUAGCAUAAGACAUUGUACAUAGUAGCAUAAGGAAUAAACAUAUUAUUAUACCGAA